AUCUGGGUGUCAAAAUCCUCUUCCUUGUGCUUUUUGAGUUGGAACGACCCAGGAAGUGUAAUUAGGAAGGGAUGAUGCCUUUCAGAAAUGAUAUUUACUGUAACAUUAGCUACUGACCACCACAGACUAACGCUGAUGGUGCCAGUCACUUACUGUACUGUAGAUGUAUCACUUAAACUUUGGUGUAGCCAGUCAUUCCUUAGUUGUAUUGGGGCAAUUCCACGGUAAUGGAGUGAAAGUAGUCUUUGUGCAUACAGUUGUAUAUUUUGUUUAACUUUGCAAUCAUUGGUUUUUGUUUGACAUACAUUUUAUGCCAACUCUCGACUUUCUUUUCAAUGCCUCUUUCAUCCUCUCCCCUCUACCUGUCUUUAAUUCACUCGUCUCCCUCUCUCCCUAACAGUGGGUAAAUCCCACUCAGCAGCUGCCCAGACAUGCUUUAGAGUUUGUUGGCAGCUGUUAAGGAGUGAUUGAGGCUCAAGCAUGUUGUGUGGGCGUGGUGACCCACAGACACCGACAGAGCCCCUCCCCACAGCUACUACACUCUUUACAUACAGGCAGGGAAGAAGAAAGUAGUGACUUCCUGUAGGACCUAGUCCUCAGAUUAGUGUGAUUGGAAAGUGAAGCGAGUUAAUUUUGAGCGUGGAGGGGCAGAGUAUGUAUUUGAGGACCCUUCAACCCAGCAGCAGUUUUGAGGAAGAGUGGGUUAAGCUGACAGGCCGGCCCUACACGGGGGUAGCGGAUGUGGACGGGCCUAGACUCUCGGAGGCCCUCCACCGGCCCUUCGGCCUGGACUCGGCAGCAUUGACGGAAGCGGUACGCUGGAGCUCCAAGGAGAACUUGCUGGGUGCUGCCGAAAGCGACCCUAACCUCUUUGUUGCACUUUAUGACUUUGUUGCCAGUGGCGACAACACGCUGAGCAUUACGAAAGGUGAGAAGCUGAGGGUGCUCGGCUACAACCAGAAUGGGGAGUGGAGCGAGGUGCGCUCAAAGAACGGCCAGGGCUGGGUGCCAAGCAACUACAUCACGCCCGUCAACAGCCUGGAGAAGCACAGCUGGUACCACGGGCCCGUUUCGCGCAGCGCAGCAGAGUACCUGCUCAGCAGCCUCAUCAACGGCAGCUUCCUGGUCCGGGAGAGCGAGAGCAGCCCAGGACAGCUGUCCAUCUCCCUGCGCUACGAGGGGCGUGUCUACCACUACCGCAUCAACACCGCCUCAGAUGGCAAGGUUUACGUCACAGCAGAGAGCCGCUUCAGCACCCUGGCCGAACUGGUCCACCACCACUCCACCGUGGCCGACGGCCUGGUCACCACGCUCCACUACCCGGCACCCAAGUGCAACAAGCCCACCGUCUACGGUGUGUCGCCCAUCCACGACAAGUGGGAGAUGGAGCGCACCGACAUCACCAUGAAGCACAAACUGGGAGGGGGGCAGUACGGAGAGGUGUACGUGGGAGUCUGGAAGAAAUACAACCUCACCGUUGCAGUCAAAACACUCAAGGAGGACACUAUGGAGGUGGAGGAGUUCCUGAAAGAGGCAGCAGUCAUGAAGGAGGUGAAACAUCCCAACCUGGUGCAGCUGCUAGGUGUGUGUACGUUGGAGCCUCCCUUCUACAUCGUGACAGAGUACAUGCCCCAUGGCAACCUGUUAGACUACCUGAGGGAGUGUGACCGGGAGGAGGUGAACGCUGUGGUGCUGCUCUACAUGGCCACGCAGAUCUCCUCCGCCAUGGAGUACCUGGAGAAGAAGAACUUCAUCCACCGGGACCUGGCGGCCAGGAACUGUCUGGUGGGGGAGAACAGCGUGGUGAAGGUGGCAGACUUUGGGCUGAGCAGGCUGAUGACAGGGGACACGUACACGGCCCACGCCGGAGCCAAGUUCCCCAUCAAGUGGACCGCCCCCGAGAGUCUGGCCUACAACACCUUUUCUAUCAAGUCUGACGUGUGGGCUUUCGGUGUGCUGCUGUGGGAGAUAGCGACGUACGGUAUGUCUCCGUACCCAGGGAUCGACCUGUCUCAGGUAUACGACCUGCUGGAGAAGGGCUACCGCAUGGAGCAGCCAGAGGGCUGUCCGCCCAAGGUCCACGAGCUGAUGAGAGCCUGCUGGCAAUGGAGCCCGUUGGACCGACCCUUGUUUGCUGAGACCCACCAGGCUUUUGAGACAAUGUUCCACGAUUCCAGCAUCUCAGAAGAGGUAGCAGAGGAGCUGUGUAAGACUGCCUCCUCUGGCCACGGCCCGUCACCACACUCCUCCAGCCGCGACAUGCCCCUGCUGCCCUCCAAGUCGCGCACGCUCAAGAAGCAUACGGAGAACAAGGAGAACAUCGAGGGGGGUCUGGAUUGCAGGCAGGAGACACACACAGCCAGCACCCACAGCCCCUCAGGUCUGGCAGCCACUCUGCUGCCAGGGGAUGGCCGGUCAGGCAGCUCUCCUGCUCUGCCUCGGAAACAGAGGGACAAAUCCCCCAGCAGCCUCUUGGAGGACUCCCAGGAGACCACGUUCACACGGGACCGCAAGGCUGGCUUCUUCAGUUCCUUCAUGAAGAAGAAGUCUUCCUCCAACUCUACCUCCUCCCAGCUGCAGCAGAGCCUGCCUAUGCCGCCCAAGAGGAGCAGCUCGUUCAGGGAGAUGGAGACCCAGCCUCACAAGAAGUAUGAGCCCACGACUGGCUUUAGCGCCCCUCCUCCCCCCCUUCCCCAGGUAGAUGGCCUGGGCUUUUCACCGUCCCACGGAGAGGGGAACCACAUCCAGUCACGCUGCUGUGGAGCCACUUUUGGACAAAAGGCCUCUGCCAACCACACCUCUGGGGCCCCGCCCUCACAGGUGGGCAGUAGUAGCAGCAGCUGGGCAGGCCUGGCAGGCUUCUUCACCCCCCGCCUCAUCAAAAAGACCUUAGGGCUACGGACUGGCAAGUCCACUGGGACCGAGGAGGAGGGUGGGGGAACCAAGCCCUUCCCCAGGUCCAAUUCCACCACCUCCAUGUCUGCAGGGCUGCCUGACCUGGAGAGGAUGGCUCUGACUUUACCCAGGAACCGCAGUAAGCCUCCUCUAGAGCGCACUGCCUCCACCACCUCGCAGCCUGAGAACGGGGCAGCACACACCUCUGAGACCCUUCUCCGUAAGAUGGAUGAGGGCACGGCUCAGAUCAGGGACCGGCCUAAAGCCAAGCUGCUUCCCCGAGUGGUGGGGGGGAGCUCUGGGGUGGUGAGAGCUCCUGGCGUUGGGAGUGAGGCAGAUUCAUAUUGUCCCUCGGGGACCCUACGGGGUAGGGAGGUUCAGGAGGCAGGAGGACAGGACCGUCAGGGAUGGUCGUCCCCCUCCAAAACAAUGGGAUCAGGCCUGUCAGCGGCUCCACACAACCACAAGGUUCCAGUGCUAAUCUCGCCCACACUUAAGCAUGGCUCGGCCGAUGUGCACCUGGUGGGGAUGGACUCUCAGGGGAACCGCUUCAAACUACUAUCAGAGCAUCAGGCGGACCGGGACCGACCACGGCUGGUCAAGCCUAAAUGUGCACCACCUCUCCCUCCCACUCUGCGCCUCUUUGGACACUCCUACAGCGGGGACGGAGAGGAGCAGGUCGGGGUGGCUGUGGAGGUCAAUGGUGAUGGAGUGAAAAGGCCGGGACGAGUAAGGGAAGUUGGAACAGGGAGACCGUCAGUGCCGCCACCACAAGUGCCUCCACCUCCUUCAGCCUCCUCUUCCUCUGCCAACAACACUACCCCUACUAAGAUGGCUAACGGUGCCACCAGCACUGGCUCAUCCACAGUCCCCUCUGGUGGCUCUAAGCUUCUGCGUCGGACUCGGCAGCACUCAGAGAGGGUUCAACCGGAGAAUAUCAGUAAGGAGGCUCUGCUGGAGUGUGCUGAGUGCCUGAGAGGUGCCCUCCACAGCAGCCCUGAGCCCUCCUCCAGCAGCCAGGUCCUAGACGCUGCCCACCAGCUGCUAGACUACUGCUCAGGCUAUGUGGACUGCAUCCCACAGAUGCGGAACAAGUUCGCCUUCCGGGAGGCCGUGGGCAAAUUAGAGCUCAGUUUGCAGGAGCUGCGGGCAUCGUCCUCCUCUGGAAGCGGAGGAGCAUUCAGUGGCCCAGGGGCUAGCCCUGCUCUGGACAACUUGCACACCUGCAUCAAGGAAAUUAGUGAUGUGGUUCAGAGGUAGCCACCGGACCCUUUCAAACAUUUCCUUUUGUAUUCCCUUUGUUGGUUCUAUUAACAUUUUGGGGACAGAGAACAAUCUCAGAAGUACCUCAUCACUACAAAUUGUUUCUCUUAUUGUUUACAGUUGACUCUUCCUCAAAAAUGCCAGUGGAAAACACUGUUCUAUUCUUUGAACAUAAACAUUGUUGAUACCAAACUAGAAAAGUAAUUGUUUUGCCCCAAAUUUCAACUUUUCCACCAGGUUUUAAGGCCUUUCUUUUAACUGGAUGUGGAGUAUAUCGGCAACAUUUUCAGUCCGAGUUGAUAAAGAACAAAGUCAGUUUGAGUAUCUGUAAUUUAGUAACUCAGCCAAGAAACAAAGUGAAGGAUAAUUAAUUCAUUCUCCUGGCAACAAUGAAAAGAGUCCCUGUGACAGGAUGUCACUGUUCAAAACUAUUGUCACCUGGGACAUCGAUGAGUGUUCCACUUAAUCAGGUCUACUUUCUCUGCCAUUUGGUUUGAUUAUUUCAGUAAAAUUUCCAUUCAAUGUCACAUUUGAAUAGAAAAUGUAUGCAUUUCAAUUUUGAUGUCCAAAUUCCCUUGCACAUGACCUAGCUAUAUGUUUGGAGCCUAUGAGAAGAGCGAAGAGAGUGCAGGGUAGCACAUGAGCAGGUGGUUUGGGACAGUGUUUCUAAGUGUCCUUGGACAGUGCUGAAUUCCCUGUGGCCCUUUCCCUCAGUGCCUAUAUUUUUUAAAUGAUUGAAAAUCUGCAAAUACAACUACUCCUUGACAAAAUACUGAUCUCAUCACAAACUACAGUAUGUCUCUAGCACAUCAGUGAUUUAUUUGUACAUUAUUUGGUUUUAACUUUGGAAUGGCUUUAUGUAUGAACUUGAAUUUUAAAUUAUUGUUUUUUUUAUUAAAAGCACAGACCUAUUUUAAAAAUGUUAUGUAAAUAUUUGCUUAAUUUCAUAUCCAGGAAAAGGUGAGGUCACAUUUGCUUGGAUACGUGUUUGACUCGAAAAGAAACCGUAGUAGGAAGUUUAUCACAGGACUGAGGCCCACCCCUCCCUCCACAACCCCAUCUGAACAUCUGCAAAAUGAAUGUAUUAUGUAUUGUUAUCUUCCUUUUUUGAGAAGAUGCCAUGUUUAAUUGUUCUCUGGUCAUCAUUUCAAUACCAACAUCAGUCAAUGCUUAUGGUCAAUUUACAAAACUGAAUCUUAAAGCACGUUUUCUGUUUUGAUAUCCCUUAGUAGAUGUCAUCUCUACACAAACAUUUCCAUAUCAGGUUGCUGGAUGUAAUUUCAUCCUGUUUGUUCUAUUAUGCACAAAUAACAAGUCUCACCCGUGCCUGCAUUCAUUUCUUAAUAAUUUGGCUAAUGAAUCAAGCAAUCAAAACAAAAAAAGCUUGCUUAUAACAGUGCUCCUCAACUGUUUGAAAAUGCCCCUAAUCCCCAUUUGAGAGUUUGGAACCCUAAGUGUAUCAAAAGGGGAUCAUCGCGCUCUCCCAGAAGCUUGGCUGGUGUGUAAAACCCACAAAUUCAGGCAAACAAAAGGUGUAAUGGGUCCGCACUUCAUUUUCCCAGCCCUUGACUCUUCCCUGCAUCAGACACAGCACACAGACGCCUCAGCCCUGCAGCCCUCCUCAGUGUGCAAGACCCAUUACAGCUUCUGUUUGUGGGAACCCUAAGUGUACACUGGAUAAAGCCUAUGAUGUAGUAGACAUUGAUUGGUAUAUUGCAUUUCAUCUUAGUAUAAACUCUAGUAGUACCCAAUAUAUUUUCACAUUUCAUUCCAUUGUGGUACACUACCUAUCUAAUCCAGCAGAUGAGCUUCAGUGUGCCUCUGGUCAUUCAAAGGUCCUCUUGACUAAUAGCAUGAAAUAGUUUAUUUUCACUGGGAGGUUCACUUAUUAUUAUAAUAUAUUAUUUUUUUUGACACUGGAUACAGCAAUGUUUCUCCUAUGGUUCUUGGUGCCUUUUGUGAAAGAUAUUUUAUGUAUAGUGCACUACUCAGUCAAGAAACGGAUAUACAGCGAUGUGUAAUUGUAAAUAUCUUGUGCUUUUGUUUUCAGAUGACAGAUUUUGCAAUGAUAUUGUGGCCAAGUAUAAAUAUCACUACAACGUGCAUUUCUAUUACUGGGAGUAAACAUUUUGUUUUUUAAUUUAAAACUCACAUUUAAUAGUAUAUUACUGUGAAGUUCUCCCCAUCAGUGUUAAACUUGAUAUAAAUAAAAUGUUGGAACAAUU